AUACUAUUGUACUCAACCGGAAGUGGAUGGUUUGGAGUCGCAAACCUGUAAAUUGAUUAGGAGUAACAUUGUUUCCGAUGAAGAUUAAAUAUUAAGACGAAUGAUAUACUUUUCGUCCGAAAAUAUUACUUGAACAGAAAUAUAGUCAAUACAUCUUUCAUUCUGUGGUUUACGUUAAAACCGAAAUAGCUUCCAUUUCAAGCCACGUACUAGUUGCGUUUGCAUGCUAGUUAGCUUAGACUCAAGUGCUAUCGUCGGCGCUCCUGUUGAAAUUUAAACGAAAAGAAGAUCAAGUUAAGCAGUAAUGGACGGGUUGACAACUCCUUACGAAGAUGACUCGGAAACGGAGUUCAUGGAAUGUUCGGUGUGUGAAGUAUCCCUAAAGGGCCUCAAUUUGUUUAAAAUACACGUGACGACGCCGGGACAUUUAAAGAAAGAGGAUGCCGCCGUCGCUGCUGGUCACAUGGUCCGAAAACAAAUCAUCCCUAAGUUUGACGAUAUUUUACAAUACGUGGAUUACCUGAACCUUGACGAACCAGUAAUCGGUUUAAACUUCUUGGAAGAGGUGCCGUGUGUGAAUGCGGCCCAUGCCAGUAUGGGGCCCCGAUACACAUGCACGCUUUGUAACACCACCGGGUACCCCCCAGAAAUGAUCCAUCAUGUGAUUGGGCGAAGACACAGACAGAAAUAUAUUGAGAGCAAGCGUCCAGAUCUGGUUUCUUGGGAUAAACACUUGGUUAUGCAAACGGGCAAGAUAAUUCGCACCAGAGCGGAGAUCAUCGCCCGUCAGGACGGAAGCGGCCGUCCCAAACCGAUGAAGAAAAUGCAGAACGUGGGAAAUCGAAUGACAAGAGUUCCCCCCUGGCAGAUGCCGAAGGUCGACCCACUGAACAUUUCAGGCCAGCUCCAAUGGAAGCAGAAAUCCCAAGACACGGACCGCGGUGGUUUUUUGCCGGAUCCUGUGAGCAGAACCCCGUUCGUCUCGGCCGAGGCUCGCCCGAUGAAUGUGGCGGCGGGAGGCAGACAGACGACAAUCCCGUGGAAUCAGCAGCCGGCGAAGGCGGACGGCUGGGAGAAGGUUCCUCUUCAGGGAAAGAGUUUGGACCUGGAUUAUUUUCUCAAUAAUGAUGUCACACAAAAAAGAACGGUGGAGCCCUACAAGGAGACACAACGGGCUUUGGAUCGACCCGCAGAGGGUUACACCACCUACGGAGAGCAGGGAGCAAAAAAUGAGUUUUUGACAGAGGAUGGAAGGCGUCAGUUUCAAUCCCCGUGUCUUGAUUAUCAGCACCAGAGUCCUGGCUUUCAAGGAGAUGACCAGCAGUGGUCCACUGACAAUGAUCGAGGUGUGAGGCUCGGGACAAACGUGCCGAAACCUCCCACGAGGAAUUUUCGGUUACCUUCGGACAAGCCUAUUGCACAUUUUACGGAUUACAAUCACGGGAUGCAACCAGCAGAGUCAUUUUCGGCUGGACUCUCCCAGACUCCUCAGGAAGUUUCCAGGAGCAUGUCAGCCAUUCCGGCACCUUUCCGCCGCUUCAUGAAGGGUCCUGCAGGCGACGAGGUAUCGGGUAGAUGCAAAAGAAAGAGUCGCUUCUCGGAUGCCACACCUGAGGAGGUGGCGGUGGCCAACAGGAUGUUCAAUGCCGGACCCCGAGAUGCCAAGCUCAGAGCUCCUCUGGAAUCAGGCGGUGGAACGUUCCAGCAGGAGACCCGCAGAAUGAUGCAGCAUCCCGAUUGGUUCUCACAAUCACAGCAAAACAGUUCUGCACUUCUGCAGACGCCCUCACAACGCGACAAAACAUUCCAGGAAGAGUCCGACUUCAGAAGAGCUGAAGACUAUUACGGUGGGGAAGGCAACGGAGGAGGAAGAGACUGGAACAACACGCGUGAUGGCCAGCAGGUGUACCAGCAUCAAGGACGCAGUGAGCCCAGCGACUUGAACGGUAACCGUUACAAAGGUACUGAGUCGGAUUUUGGCCAGCAACAGAUGUACACAACAUCUCUUCUGGAUGAGCGAGCACAGUGUCCGGAACAAUUCCAAGGAGGUGGCCAGCAGCGGCUACAGUUCUCCAAGAGUUUUUAUGAUUCUCGUUCGCCACCAUUAGACAUGGAGAGGCCUGCCAGCUUGCACCGGAACCCUCAAUACUCCAAAAGUCUGGAAAAAUUCACAUCCACUAUCCUGGAAUUACUCUCCAGGAAUUCAUCCUACAAUAAUUAGUGUCUCAUAGCCUCAGUUUUGAAUUGAAUGUUUGAAAUACAAUGUUGUCUUUGUUGACUAUCUACCCAACAAUUUCUUUACUGUAUGUUCUCAUGGUUGCGCGAGAGCUAACACCUAAAUUGGUUGACUUUGGGCGAAGGUGAUGUUCAGCUUGGACUGGUCAUCAGCCAGUCACAGAACAAAGAUAAACAAGCACAUCUGUGAUCUUUGAUGCAAUGAUUCCCGACCAGGGUGCCAUGGGAGAACAUCGGGUGCUGUGUGAGAUGAUCCAAUUUCACUCAAUUUGUAUUUGAAUGUAAAACUGCCUGAUUUUGGAGUGUAUGAGAAGGCCCACACCAGGAUGGGGGAGUACUUCUGCAAUUUGAGACAGAUGUGCUUACCACUUACAAAGCACCUUUUCCAUUGUUGGUUAUUUUUCAGGAGACGUGAAUAAUAAAACUUUUGUCGACUGCC